UAGUAUGAGUGGCGCGGUAUGGUACCGUGUUUCUCGAUGCCACGCUUCAAAGAGGGUGAGGUGAGGAUUGCUGCUUGGUGGGGUACACAUUCAUUGAUCCGUCCGUAUUACGGAAGCGAACAGUUCGAGAGCUUACGUAUCCUGAAGAGUGAAAAACGGUAAGAGAGAGAGAGAGAAAGAGAGAGAAGUGGGGGGAAAGAAAGAGAAAGAGAUUCAAACAUGAUGGCGUAGUAAAAGGGUUAGGUUGAGUAUGAUGAUCUAUAUUUUUCAAAUCGAUUCCUUUUUGGUUCAGAAUAUUUGGUGCAAAUCAAGUAAGAGACAUAUCAAGUACGAUCGAUCAUUUACAUAACGCGUAGGGGCUGGUCAGCCGUGACGCAUCACCGUUUCAUUGACGUUCUCCAUUGAGAAGAUAUCGAUGCGUCGUAUCCUUCGAUUCUUGUUUCAUCUUCAGCAAGUAGAAUAGCUACAUAUUAUGUCUGGCCUGGUGGAAGAAGAAGAAGAAUAAGAAGUGAAACGAAUUUCUUCGGAUUGAGUACUUGGUAAGAGAGAAAGAAAGCGAGUGUGUGUAUGUGUGAUACGUAAAAUGUAUACACGUGUGAAUAUGUAUGAGUGAGGUAGAUAGAGAAAUAGAUAAAGAAAAAAGCUUUGAGGAUUUGGAAAAGCUCGAGCAGAUCUCUCGGCGCAGGCAGGGUAGUGUCGGGUCUAAGAGAGGGGGUUGUUGCGAACGGUGCGGUUAUAAAAGGUGGAAUAGUGGGGGAAGAGAGAGGGGUAGCGCCACGAGAACUAGUUCUCACAGAGUCCGCUGCGCGAGUUUGGCGCGUGGCGAUGCAGUAACGUCCGCGUCGCUCGGUUCGUCUGUGCCGUGACAGUCCUCCCGGAGCGAGCUUUUCGUCGUCGCGAAAAACAAGUGGUGUGUAGAGAGCAAGAAAGAAAAAGAGAGAAAGAGAUAGACAGACAUAAAAAGAUAAGUGUAAGAAGCGAACGAAUAGAAAGAAAAGGGAAAAGGAUAACAGCGACGAACGUUUUCUUUUCUGUGCGAAACUGCGGUAGGAGUUGGUUGAGGAGGCGUAAAAGAAGAAUAGGAGAUAUAGAAGAAAACUGAGAGAUAGAGAGGUAGAGAUAGAUAUAGAGAAAGAGGGAAGGAGAGGGAUAUAAAGGUAGCGCGCGCGCGCGCUCGUGUAUGUGUCGGAUAGAACCGAGGAGUAGGAGGAAAGAAAAGGAGUCAAAGGGACAGCAUCGGUGCGUCGUCGUUUCUGAAGGAAACGUCAGUGUAGAGGAAAUAAAAAGUGUAUCGGAGGAGGGUGCGAGUGGUGGGGGAGGAGGCGAAGGCGAAGGAGAAGGAGGAAGAGGUGGAGGUGGAGGCGAAGAGAGGAGAUUCGACGGAGGAGACGGUCUGACGUAGGGCAGUGCGGCUAGAGCGGGCGAACCGCGCGUCCUACCCUUCGCUCCCACCACCCUUCGCCCUUGUCGUCCUCGGUGCGAUCCUCGGCGCGGCCAGCAGCAGCGGCACCACCACUACCUCCAUCGUUACAGUCCACUAAUACUACCACCAUCGUUACUACCACCAAUACUACCACCAUCAUCAGCAAUACCACUACCACCAUCAGCAGCAGCGUUUUCGUCAUAAGCACGUAAUCAUCAGCACUACUAUUAGCAGCUGCACUAUUUUGUCAUCGGCACCACUAAGUCCUGUCACCGUCGCCGUCGUCAUCCUAUCGUCGUUGACGACGACGUCGAUGCCAGCGAGCUUCUUCUCCUCUUUGUCCUCCAGCUAAAAGAAAAGGGAUCAUCGUGCGCAGCAACGCGAUCAAUUCCGGCUGGUUGCGCCGCUCGCGCGCGGCCGUUACGGUCUCAUCGCUAACAACGAGAAAGCAAGAAGAAAUGACGACGGUGAAGCUGCCGAAGCGGUACCGAUAACGGCAGGCCGAAUGAUGUUGUCGCAAAGCAAGUUCUACGCUCUCUUCAUUCACUACACGUUCGUGUAGCGCGAUACGGGGCGGGUCCUUCUUGUCGCUGCGCUGAACAGAAGAAGAACGGAGGAGGUGAAGGAGUUGGAAGAGGAGGAAGAGGAGGACCUGGUGAAGAAGAAGGAGAAGAAGAGAAGGAGAAGAAGAAGGAGGAGAAGGAGGACGAAGUGUGUUGGAGAAAAGAGAGGAAGACAGUGAAACUAGAGCCAAAGUCGAUAAGAAUCGACCGACACGAAGAGCAGACUAUGUUAUUUCGGAUAACGGAUUGAUCGCACCCGUCGCUUCAUUCACACGUCGGACAUGAAAAAUCUUGGUUCGCGUUGGACGGUCCCUGACAUAGCACGCACUGCUGCAGCGCGUUCGUCAUUUCUCGUGGCCAUUUCGUCGGAACGAGAUUCAGGUAGUAUCAGCAGCAGCAGUAGCAGCAGCAGCAACAACAGCAGCAGCAACAGCACCAGCAUCAGUAACAGAAGAAGAAGCAGCAGAAGCAACAUCAACAACAACAGUGUUAGCGAGAUAAGAAGGAAAACAUAUAACAAGAAGAACAUCAGUAUCAGGGGAAGAAGAAGCAACGAGAUCAGAGGGAAAGCUCGCUGUAAGUGCGAGCUCCUGAUUGCCGGGAAAUCGGAGGUCGUCGAGGUGCUGCAAGGAGGUGCGUUUUUAUCCGUCCGAUCUAACGUAACGGCGUCGUUUAAUCUUAUCCACGGAACGAGGAGUUCCGACGUAUCGACGCCGAGGAAUCACCGGCCCUGGAAUCAAGACAAUUGUCAGCAGCACCAACAACUGGGUCUCUGUUUUUACUCUCCUACUUCUUCGUGGGACGAGCACACACGGCACUUCAGGAACUGUUAGCACCGAUCAAAAAGAAGGUGGCAGGAAGCUGUGCGCAGCCUAGACAAUGUCCGAAGAGUCUGACUCUAUAACAGAGGAAGAAAGAAGUUUGUUCCGUCCGUUCACGCGGGAGUCCCUGGCAGCGAUCGAGGCUCGCAUCGCCGAGGAACAUGCCAAGCAGAAGGAACUCGAGAAGAAGAGAGCGGAAGGAGAGGGAGGUUUUGGACGGAAGAAAAAGAAAAAAGAAGUACGAUAUGACGACGAGGACGAGGACGAGGGUCCUCAACCGGAUCCGGCGCUCGAACAAGGAGCACCGAUCCCGGUUCGAUUGCAUAACGUAUUUCCACCCGAGUUGGCCUCCACACCUCUCGAGGAUAUCGACACCUUCUAUCAAAAUCAAAGGACCUUCGUCGUCGUCAGCAAGGGAAAGGAUAUAUUUAGGUUCUCAGCGACCGACGCGAUGUGGAUCCUCGAUCCAUUCAACCCGAUACGACGCGUGGCUAUCUACAUUCUGGUUCACCCACUCUUCUCCCUCUUCAUCAUCACUACGAUAUUGGUUAACUGCAUACUCAUGAUCAUGCCCACAACGCCUACCAUCGAGUCCACCGAAGUGAUAUUUACGGGCAUCUACACAUUUGAGUCCGCUGUUAAGGUGAUGGCGAGGGGUUUCAUUCUGCAGCCUUUUACCUAUCUUAGAGAUGCAUGGAAUUGGCUCGACUUCGUAGUUAUAGCUUUAGCUUAUGUGACGAUGGGCAUAGAUCUAGGCAACCUUGCCGCUCUUAGGACAUUUCGAGUCCUCCGAGCCUUGAAGACUGUCGCUAUUGUACCAGGUCUGAAAACCAUUGUCGGCGCUGUGAUAGAGUCCGUGAAGAAUCUGCGCGAUGUGAUAAUCCUGACGAUGUUCUCCCUCUCCGUUUUUGCGCUGAUGGGCCUUCAAAUUUACAUGGGGGUCCUAACGCAAAAGUGUAUAAAGAACUUUCCAACGAACAGCUCCUGGGGUAAUCUCACCGACGAGAACUGGGAGAGAUUCGUUAGCAAUGAAACUAAUUGGUACGUAGACGAAGCUGGAAACAUGCCAUUGUGCGGGAAUUCGUCGGGAGCUGGGCAGUGCCUUCCUGGCUACACGUGCUUACAAGGAUACGGCGACAACCCGAACUACGGUUACACGAGCUUCGACAGCUUCGGCUGGGCUCUACUUUCUGCCUUUCGUCUUAUGACCCAAGACUAUUGGGAAAAUCUUUAUCAACUGGUACUACGAUCGGCCGGACCGUGGCACAUGCUCUUCUUCAUUGUCAUCAUCUUCCUCGGUUCUUUCUAUCUCGUCAACUUGAUCCUCGCUAUCGUAGCGAUGUCAUACGACGAGUUGCAAAAGAAGGCGGAAGAGGAGGAGGCUGCCGAAGAGGAAGCAAUAAGGGAAGUCGAAAAAGCCAUGAUGGUGAAGGAGAACAAAUUAGCGGCGCAGGCAGCCGCGAGAGAAGCAGCUGCGGCUGCUGCGGUAGCAGCAGCUGAUCAGAUCGUCAAGUCACCGUCGGACUUCUCUUGUCAUAGUUAUGAACUCUUCGUUGGCCAGGAAAAGGGUAACGACGAUAACAACAAGGAGAAGAUCAGUAUAAGAUCGAUCGAGUCUGUUAGCGAGCAUAGGAUCAAGCAGAUCAACAACAACCACAGCGCUGCCAGUAAAGUGCGGAAAGUCAGCGCCGUCUCUCGCGCCGCUAAUGGCCAGUUUACUUAUGCCUACCAGGAAAGCCUGCGGAAGGCCAGCCUUAGUCUGCCCGGCUCACCUUUCAAUCUUCGCCGGAGUAGUCGUGGGAGUCAUCAAUUCACGAUACGGAACGGUCGAGGUCGAUUCGUUGGUCCACCAGGUGGUGACAGGAAACCCCUUGUACUAUCGACCUAUUUGGAUGCCCAGGAACAUUUGCCUUAUGCCGACGACUCUAAUGCGGUUACACCAAUGUCCGAAGAAAAUGGGACUAUUGUAGUGCCGGUUUAUUAUGCGAAUCUUGGCUCGAGGCAUUCGUCCUACACGUCACACGCGUCGAGACUAUCUUAUACGUCGCAUGGUGAUCUUCUAGGUGGUAUAGCCAGUGCAAUCGGCAAACCAAUGACCAAGGAGAGUCGAUUAAGAAGUAGAUCGGUUAGGCCACCAUCGGUUAAUGGUCAUCUACCUGAUUGUAAUCAAAAAUAUCACUGCGAAAGCGACUUGGAAAGCGAUCCCAUGGGCAAAGCGAAGCAACAAGAUAAUCCGUUCAUCGAACCUUCUCAGCAACACGCCGUCGUCGAUAUGAAGGAUGUGAUGGUGCUCAACGAUAUUAUCGAGCAAGCAGCAGGACGUCAGAGCAGAACACCCGAGCAAGGAGUUUCGACCUAUUACUUUCCGACAGACGACGAUGAGGAAGGGCCCACGUUAAAGGAGAAAAUAUUGGCCGGAGUCUUACGUUGCAUCGAUAUCUUCUGCGUUUGGGACUGCUGUUGGCUCUGGCUCGAGUUUCAGAAAUACGUAUCUCUUUUGGUAUUCGAUCCGUUCGUAGAACUCUUCAUUACUCUUUGUAUCGUUGUUAACACCCUCUUCAUGGCAUUGGAUCAUCACGAUAUGGACAAGGAUAUGGAAAAAGUCCUUAAAUCCGGUAACUACUUCUUCACGGCUACAUUCGCCAUCGAAGCAACGUUAAAGCUGAUAGCUAUGAGCCCGAAGUAUUAUUUUCAAGAAGGUUGGAACAUCUUCGACUUCAUCAUCGUCGCCCUCUCAUUACUCGAAUUAGGUUUGGAAGGUGUUCAAGGUCUUUCGGUAUUGCGAUCCUUUCGAUUGCUGAGAGUGUUCAAGCUGGCAAAAUCAUGGCCCACAUUGAAUCUACUGAUAUCCAUCAUGGGUAGGACAGUUGGUGCCUUGGGUAACUUAACGUUCGUCUUAUGUAUCAUCAUCUUCAUAUUUGCGGUGAUGGGUAUGCAACUAUUCGGGAAGAAUUACACCGAUCACGUCGAUCGCUUCCCGGGUGGAGAUUUACCCAGAUGGAAUUUUACCGAUUUCAUGCAUUCCUUCAUGAUCGUCUUUCGUGUCCUGUGCGGAGAAUGGAUCGAAUCGAUGUGGGAUUGUAUGCUGGUCGGAGACGUCUCUUGCAUACCGUUCUUCCUCGCCACCGUCGUCAUCGGUAAUCUUGUCGUGCUGAAUCUCUUCUUGGCCCUGUUACUGAGCAACUUCGGUUCAUCUAAUUUAUCGGCGCCGACUGCAGACAACGACACGAACAAGAUCGCGGAAGCGAUCGAUCGGAUAGCACGUUUCGUUAAAUGGAUCAAGCGAAAUGUCCUUUACAUUGCUAAGUUGAUGCGAGCCAAAUUCACCAAUCAGAUAUCCGAUCAGGCGCCAGGUGAGGGACCGUCCAACAGUUGGAAAGAAGAUGGAAUUGAUCGAGAUGGGGACCUAGAUCUUGCAGAUAGCGAUUUGGAAGCGUAUAGAGAUAAGAAGAGUGCGAAGGAGUUGAAUCAACUCGAAGUAGCCAUUGGCGAUGGAAUGGAAUUUACUAUUCAUGGAGAUCUGAAGAACAAAUUGAAAAAGGGCAAGCUCUGUAUGAACAAUACCAAGGUGAUAGGGAAUUCGAUAAAUCAUCGAGACUAUAGAUUAGACAACGAUUAUAUUAAUCAGAACGAAGAGGACACGAUUAGUAACAAAUCGUAUGGCAGUCAUAAGAAUCGACCGUUCAAGGACGAAAGUCAUAAAGGUAGUAUGGAUUCAUUGAAUGGUGAGGAAAAAAAGGAUGCCAGUAAGGAAGAUCUCGAGCAAGACGAAGAUUUAGAAGAGGAAGGUGAUGAGGGUGAUGGUAUAAUGGAGAGUGAGAUAAUACAUGCCGAUAAGGAUCCCAUAAAUUCUGAUUACCCGGCUGACUGUUGUCCAGAAAAUUGUUAUAAAAAAUUUCCAUUUUUGGCUGGCGACGAUGAUGCUCCAUUUUGGCAAGGUUGGACGAAUUUGAGGCUGAAGACCUUCCAGCUGAUCGAAAAUAAAUAUUUCGAGAGUGCUGUUAUAACGAUGAUCCUAUUAAGUAGUUUAGCUCUCGCCUUGGAAGAUGUCCAUUUGCAGCAACGACCCAUCUUGCAAGAUAUUCUUUAUUACAUGGACAGAAUUUUCACUGUAAUUUUCUUCCUCGAAAUGUUGAUCAAAUGGCUGGCCCUUGGCUUCAAGAAAUAUUUCACGAAUGCUUGGUGCUGGCUCGAUUUCAUCAUUGUCAUGCUAUCACUGAUCAACUUGGGCGCGAUCUGGGCCGGCGCCGCCGACAUCCCGGCCUUCCGUUCGAUGAGAACACUGAGGGCCUUGAGGCCUUUACGAGCAGUCUCGCGAUGGGAGGGCAUGAAAGUGUCGCUCAUUAACUUCGUAGCGUCGCUCUGUGGCGCUGGCGGGAUCCAAGCCUUCAAAACAAUGAGGACCCUAAGGGCCCUAAGGCCACUCAGGGCGAUGUCUAGAAUGCAGGGGAUGCGGGUAGUCGUCAACGCUUUGGUACAAGCUAUUCCAUCCAUCUUUAACGUCUUGCUGGUCUGCCUUAUUUUUUGGCUGAUUUUCGCCAUAAUGGGCGUGCAGCUGUUCGCCGGCAAGUACUUCAAGUGUGUCGAUGCGAAUAAGUCUACGCUUAGCUACGAAAUCAUACCUGAUCGAAACGCUUGUCUAGCGGAAAAUUACACGUGGGAAAAUUCGCCAAUGAAUUUCGAUCACGUCGGUAAAGCUUACCUGUGCCUCUUUCAAGUGGCGACCUUCAAAGGAUGGAUACAGAUCAUGAACGACGCGAUCGAUUCGCGGGAGGUCGACAAGCAACCGAUACGCGAGACGAACAUCUACAUGUAUCUCUAUUUCGUAUUUUUCAUCAUAUUCGGAUCGUUUUUUACCCUUAAUCUAUUCAUUGGUGUGAUCAUCGACAAUUUCAACGAGCAAAAAAAGAAAGCUGGUGGUUCACUCGAAAUGUUCAUGACGGAGGAUCAAAAGAAAUAUUACAAUGCAAUGAAGAAGAUGGGCAGCAAGAAGCCGCUCAAGGCGAUUCCACGUCCAAUCUGGAGACCGCAAGCUAUAGUGUUCGAAAUAGUGACGGACAAAAUGUUCGAUAUGAUAAUUAUGUUGUUCAUCGGACUGAACAUGCUCACGAUGACAUUGGACCACUAUCAAAUGAGCGACACAUUCAGCAGCGUUCUGGACUAUCUCAAUAUGAUAUUCAUUGUGAUAUUCACCACCGAGUGUCUCAUGAAGAUUUUUGCCCUACGUUACCAUUAUUUCAAGGAGCCCUGGAACCUCUUUGAUUUAACUGUUGUUAUAUUAUCAAUAUUAGGUCUGGUACUCAGCGAUAUAAUCGAGAAAUACUUCGUAUCUCCGACCUUGCUUCGAGUUGUGAGAGUGGCGAAGGUCGGUCGUGUGCUACGUCUUGUGAAGGGUGCAAAGGGCAUCCGUACUUUAUUAUUCGCUCUCGCGAUGUCCUUGCCUGCUCUAUUCAACAUUUGCCUACUGCUGUUCCUCGUAAUGUUCAUCUUCGCUAUCUUUGGAAUGUCCUUCUUCAUGCACGUUAAGGACAAGAGCGGUCUGGAUGAUGUAUAUAAUUUUAAGACAUUCGGGCAGUCGAUGAUUCUGCUAUUCCAGAUGUCAACGUCCGCCGGUUGGGACGGCGUUCUGGAUGGCAUAAUAAAUGAAGAGGAUUGUCAGGAGCCGAACAACGAGAUCGGUUAUCCAGGCAAUUGUGGUUCGUCGACGAUCGGCAUCGCCUAUCUCCUGUCGUACCUGGUGAUAAGUUUCUUGAUCGUGAUAAACAUGUACAUCGCAGUUAUCUUGGAGAAUUACUCUCAAGCAACGGAGGACGUACAGGAGGGUCUUACGGACGAUGAUUACGACAUGUAUUAUGAGAUUUGGCAACAAUUCGAUCCGAAGGGUACACAGUACAUUAGAUACGAUCAGCUUUCAGACUUCUUAGACGUUUUGGAGCCACCAUUGCAGAUACACAAGCCGAACAAGUAUAAGAUCGUGUCAAUGGAUAUACCGAUAUGUAAGGGUGACCUUAUGUUUUGUGUCGAUAUACUCGACGCCCUUACGAAGGACUUCUUCGCGCGUAAGGGCAAUCCGAUCGAAGAAACCGGCGAAUUGGGCGAAGUUCAAACUCGUCCAGGUGAGACCGGUUACGAGCCGGUUUCGUCUACUCUUUGGCGUCAACGCGAGGAAUAUUGCGCGCGGCUUAUCCAGAAUGCCUGGAGAAAGCACAAACAGCAACGUCUCGGUGGACCGAGCGAGGAAAGCGACGAUCCAGAUACGGAUCCGCGUGUACGACAGACCGCUGUCCUCGUCGAGAGCGAUGGGUUCGUCACGAAGAAUGGCCAUCGCGUCGUCAUUCACAGUCGAUCGCCAAGCGUCACAUCGAGAACAGCCGACGUCUGAUCAUUGUCGUCGAGAAACUCGCCGAAAUCCUAUGAAAUUAUCAACCGAGCUGCUCCUCGCUAGUAACAACGCAAUUGUCGCCAUUGCCGUCGCCAUCGCCAUCGCCGUCGCCGUCGCCGUCGCCGUCGCGGUCGCCGUCGCCGUCGCCGUCGUCGUUAACGUCGUCGUCAUUCCUGCCAUCGUCAUUAAUCCUGCCAUUGUCAUCGCAAAAACUAAAAAAAGAAGAAGAAGAAGAAGAAAAAGAAAAGGAAUAAGUCGAAGCAACGUUACGAACAACACUGUCCUCCUCUUUGUCGUCGUCGUCGUCGUCGUCGUCGUCGUCGUCGUCGUCGUUGUCGUUAUCGUUGUCGUUAUCGAAAGCCUGCGAUGAUCGAUCUCGCGCUUACCAUCCAAAAAAGACACUCCUAAUACGCGAUUGUACAUUAACCAUUCCUUCUCCAACGAGUUGCCUUCAAUCGACCUUAAAGCGAAGCGACGAAGAGGAAGAAGAAGAAUAAGAAAACGAAGAAGAAAACAAAGAAAAGAAGAAGAGGACGAGACGAGUCGGACUUCGGGGCCCGCUUCCCCCGACAAAAAUCGUGGCACGGGGCCCGGCUCGAGCUACCAACCCCUUCUUCUAUAUAUAUAUAUAUAUAUAUAUGUAUGUAUAUAUAUAUAUUUAAAUAUAUAUAUAUAUAAAUAUACAUAUAUAUGUGUGCGUGUGUGUGUGUGUAUGUGUAUGCGUGUGUGUGUGUGUGUGUGUGCGUUAGUCAUGUGACCGAGGACGAUGAUCGAUGGCAAGAUGGCGCGCGGCCCACGUGCCUCGAGUCGAGGACGACCCACGCGUCGUAUAUAUAUCGAGGUCGGCCAGCAGCUCGAACGUGGAAUGAGACCGUGCUGCCAGAAAAGCGCGCGGCGACGACGACGUGAUUGGACGAAGAGGACGAAUAGAAGGAGAGAAAGAGAAAGGAGAGAGAGAGAGAGUGAGAGAGAGAGAGAGAGAGAAAGAGAGAGAGAAGGAGAGAAAGAGGAAUGAAAAAAAUAAGAUGGCUGCAAGAAAAAGAAGUGGAGUCGCGUGUAACUAACGAUCCAGCCUUCUCCGUUUUCUACGAUCGUAAUCUACAUGGCUGCUUUGCGCGCUCGCAAAACUCGCAACCAUUUUAUUCUGUACGUCACUCUUCUACAUCAUCCCAUCGUCAUCGUCAUCAUCCUCGUUGCCUACGCUCGUCCUUUCCUUUUUUCUCCUCUUCUCUGCCUUUCUCUUUGCGUCGCUUAUUGUGACGACACACAUUCUAGGUAUAUUAAUCACAUGGAAAUAUACAUGUAACAGGGAUCGUAAUAUGUCCGAGAACAAAUAUCAGCAUUAUCGAUGUGUCACUGAUUUUAUUAACAUAUAUGGUAACUAUGAAACAAAUUAUGUCGCUUAAUGUAAUCAUUACUUUUCGGAUUCUUUUCGAGAAGAUAUAAAUACAUAUAAUUGAUUAGUUACUAUAUAUAUUCAAAAAAAAGGAAAAAAAACAGAAGAAAAAUAGAAGAAGAAAAGAAAGAUAUGAAUGAAAUUAUAUAUAUACAUAUAAAAUUACGAUUCCUGAAUACAUAUACUAUCACAUACAGACACACGGGUACAUAGCGUUUCUACCACCCCCGUCCUCCCUCCGUGUUCAAGGAGGUUCGAUUCUAUUCAUGUUCGCGCAACGAAAAGGCAGAGAUAUGAGAAAACAAAAGGGAGAAAGAGAGAGAGAGAGGAGAGAGUUGGCGCGAGUUUCAAACAAAACAAAAGAAAAAUAAAUAAAUAAAUAAAUAAAUACAUGAAAAAAAAAA